GCACCGCGCACCCCAGGUUUGCCGCGCCGGUGCAGAAAGCUGGGCCGCGCGGGGGUGGGGAGGGUCUCUAGACCGAGGCGCUGCGCUCGGGGCUUCUGCCCAGUUUCCUGCCUCGGAGUCGCCGAGUCCGCCCCAGCUCAGAGCAGUUUGUGCAAUUUAGAAACUCGAUAGGAGGCAGCAGCUGAUCUCCCACCACCCUAAAAAUAAUACGCUCCGGCGCUCUGCGUGCUUCGGCUAGGGGAGGAAAACUACCUUCGGAGUGAGAGUCCUGCGUCCUGGUUUGAAAUAUACGCUUAAGACAGUGUAGCAAGCUCGUGUUUUGAAGGUUGCCCAAGAGCAGGAGUAGGUGUUUGAAGCUACGGCAAGCGAUUGCCCAAGGGAAAAGUAUUGUUUGUGACCAUUGCUAAAUCAGUUAUCAAUGAAAGGGAAGAGAGAAAAGGUUCAAGGCUGGAUGAUGGAGUGGGAAGAACAAUUUAUAGUCAGAUACGUGGUGUGGCUCUCCCCUACUUUGCUGGUUGGCAAAUUACAGUAUCGCUUUCAUAAAAUACAAAUAACUCCACCAACAUUGCCUGGUUGUUCUGAAGACAACAUAAUGUAUUCAAAGUUUCCAGAAUUGAAAUAAGCCAUCUAAGAAGAAAUGAGCCUUUCAUUUUGUGGUAACAACAUUUCAUCAUAUAAUAUCUAUGAUGGUGUAUUACAAAAUCCCUGCUUUGUAGAUGCCCUCAACCUGGUCCCUCAUGUAUUCCUGUUGUUUAUCACUUUUCCAAUAUUGUUUAUUGGGUGGGGAAGUCAAAGCUCAAAAGUACAAAUUCAUCACAACACAUGGCUUCAUUUUCCUGGACAUAACCUGAGAUGGAUUCUUACAUUUGCUCUUCUGUUUGUACAUGUUUGUGAAAUAGCAGAAGGCAUUGUUUCAGAUUCACGGCGUGAGUCGCGGCACCUUCACCUCUUCAUGCCGGCGGUGAUGGGAUUUAUUGCCACCACAACGUCAAUAGUAUAUUAUCAUAAUAUUGAAACAUCAAAUUUUCCUAAAUUACUUUUAGCCCUAUUUCUGUAUUGGGUAAUGGCCUUUAUUACAAAAACCAUAAAAUUGGUCAAGUACUGGGAGUUUGGUUGGGGAAUAUCAGACCUGCGUUUCUGCAUCACAGGCAUGAUGGUCAUCUUGAACGGACUCCUGAUGGCUGUGGAGAUCAAUGUCAUUCGGAUCAGAAGAUAUGUAUUCUUCAUGAAUCCUCAGAAAGUAAAGCCUCCUGAAGACCUCCAGGACCUGGGUGUGAGAUUUCUUCAACCAUUUGUGAAUUUACUGUCAAAGGCAACAUACUGGUGGAUGAACACGCUUAUCAUACCUGCUCAUAAAAAGCCUAUUGAUCAGAAGGCAAUUGGAAAAUUACCAAUAGCAAUGAGGGCGGUAACAAAUUAUGUUUGCCUGAAAGAUGCAUAUGAAGAACAGAAGAAAAAAGUAGCAGAUCAUCCAAAUAGGACUCCAUCUAUAUGGCUAGCAAUGUACAGAGCUUUUGGGCGACCAAUUCUACUUAGUAGCACAUUCCGUUACCUUGCUGACUUACUGGGCUUUGCUGGACCUCUCUGCAUAUCUGGGAUAGUUCAGCGUGUGAAUGAAACCCAGAAUGGGACAAAUAAUACAACAGGAACGUCGGAAACCCUCUCAUCAAAGGAAUUUCUUGAAAAUGCUUAUGUUCUAGCAGUCCUUCUUUUCUUGGCUCUUAUUCUGCAAAGGACAUUUUUGCAGGCUUCCUACUAUGUGACCAUAGAGACUGGCAUUAAUCUCCGUGGAGCUCUGCUGGCCAUGAUAUACAAUAAAAUCCUUAGGCUCUCUACAUCUAAUUUAUCCAUGGGUGAGAUGACCCUCGGACAGAUCAAUAACUUGGUCGCCAUUGAAACUAAUCAGCUCAUGUGGUUCUUGUUCCUGUGUCCUAAUCUAUGGGCGAUGCCUGUUCAGAUCAUUAUGGGAGUGAUUCUGCUCUAUAAUUUACUGGGAUCAAGUGCACUGGUCGGUGCGGCUGUCAUUGUACUCCUGGCACCAAUUCAGUACUUCAUUGCUACGAAGUUAGCAGAGGCUCAGAAAAGCACCCUUGAUUAUUCCACUGAGAGACUGAAGAAAACAAACGAAAUAUUGAAAGGCAUCAAACUUCUGAAGUUAUAUGCCUGGGAGCACAUCUUUUGCAAAAGCGUGGAAGAAACGCGAAUGAAAGAACUAUCCAGUCUCAAAACCUUUGCACUUUACACAUCACUCUCCAUCUUCAUGAAUGCAGCAAUUCCCAUAGCGGCUGUUCUUGCUACGUUUGUGACCCACGCCUAUGCUAGUGGGAACGAUCUAAAACCUGCAGAGGCCUUUGCUUCCCUGUCUCUCUUUCACAUCCUGGUCACUCCGCUCUUCCUGCUUUCCACGGUGGUCAGAUUUGCGGUCAAAGCCAUCAUAAGUGUUCAAAAGCUGAAUGAGUUUCUCUUGAGUGACGAGAUUGGUGAGGACAGCUGGCGAACCGGUGAAGGGUCUCUUCCUUUUGAGUCCUGUAAGAAACACACUGGAGUCCCGAAAACUAUAAACAGGAAGCAGCCUGGCAGAUAUCACCUGGACAGCUAUGAGCAGCCAGCAAGACGUCUACGUCCUGUGGAGACUGAGGACAUUGCAAUAAAGGUCACAAAUGGGUACUUUUCAUGGGGCAGUGGUUUAGCUACAUUAUCCAAUAUAGAUAUUCGAAUUCCAACAGGUCAGUUAACAAUGAUUGUGGGUCAAGUGGGAUGUGGGAAGUCCUCUCUUCUCCUUGCCAUCCUUGGUGAGAUGCAGACACUGGAAGGAAAAGUUCACUGGAACAAUGUAAAUGAAUCUGAACCCUCUUUUGAAGCACCCAGAAGUAGGAACAGGUAUUCUGUGGCUUAUGCAGCUCAGAAACCUUGGCUAUUAAAUGCUACGGUAGAAGAAAAUAUUACCUUUGGAAGUCCUUUCAACAAACAGAGGUACAAAGCUGUCACAGAUGCCUGUUCUCUUCAGCCAGACAUUGACUUACUACCGUUUGGAGACCAAACUGAAAUUGGAGAGAGGGGCAUCAACCUGAGUGGGGGUCAGAGGCAAAGAAUCUGUGUGGCACGAGCUCUCUAUCAAAAUACCAACAUUGUCUUUCUGGAUGAUCCAUUCUCUGCCCUGGACAUCCACUUAAGUGAUCACUUAAUGCAGGAAGGGAUCCUGAAAUUUCUCCAAGAUGACAAACGGACACUGGUUCUUGUGACUCACAAAUUACAGUAUCUAACACAUGCUGACUGGAUCAUAGCCAUGAAAGAUGGAACUGUGCUAAGAGAAGGCACCUUGAAGGACAUACAGACCAAAGAUGUCGAGCUUUAUGAGCACUGGAAAACACUCAUGAAUCGGCAAGAUCAAGAAUUAGAAAAGGAUAUGGAAGCUGACCAAACAACUUUAGAGAGGAAAACUCUCCGAAGAGCCAUGUAUUCGAGAGAGGCUAAAGCCCAACUGGAGGAUGAAGAUGAAGAAGAAGAAGAGGAGGAAGAUGAAGAUGAUAAUAUGUCCACUGUAAUGAGGCUCAGGACUAAAAUGCCAUGGAAAACCUGUUGGCGGUACCUUACUUCUGGAGGCUUCUUCUUGCUUUUCUUGAUGAUUUUCUCCAAGCUUCUGAAACAUUCAGUCAUUGUAGCUAUAGACUAUUGGCUGGCCACAUGGACAUCAGAGUACAGUAUAAACAAUACUGGAAAAGCUGAUCAGACCUACUAUGUGGCUGGAUUUAGCAUACUUUGUGGGGCAGGUAUUUUCCUCUGCCUUGUUACAUCUCUCACCGUAGAAUGGAUGGGUCUCACAGCUGCUAAAAAUCUUCACCACAAUCUCCUCAAUAAGAUAAUUCUUGGACCAAUCAGAUUCUUUGAUACCACACCCCUGGGCCUGAUUCUCAAUCGCUUUUCAGCUGAUACAAAUAUCAUUGAUCAGCACAUCCCUCCCACCUUGGAAUCUCUAACUCGCUCAACACUGCUCUGCGUGUCUGCCAUUGGCAUGAUUUCUUACGCCACCCCCGUGUUCCUGGUUGCUCUUGUGCCGCUUGGGGUCGCCUUUUAUUUUAUCCAGAAAUACUUCCGAGUGGCCUCUAAGGACCUCCAAGAACUUGACGAUAGUACCCAGCUCCCUCUGCUUUGCCACUUCUCAGAAACAGCUGAAGGACUCACCACCAUCCGGGCAUUUAGGCAUGAAACCAGAUUUAAGCAACGUAUGCUGGAACUGACGGAUACAAACAACAUUGCCUACUUAUUUCUCUCAGCUGCCAACAGAUGGCUGGAGGUCAGAACGGAUUAUCUGGGAGCCUGCAUUGUCCUCACUGCGUCUAUUGCAUCCAUUAGCGGGUCCUCCAAUUCCGGAUUGGUGGGCUUAGGUCUCCUGUAUGCGCUUACGAUAACCAAUUACUUGAAUUGGGUUGUGAGGAACUUGGCUGACCUGGAAGUCCAGAUGGGGGCAGUGAAGAAAGUGAACAGUUUCUUGACUAUGGAGUCUGAGAACUAUGAAGGCACCAUGGAUCCUUCUCAAGUGCCCGAACAUUGGCCACAGGAAGGGGAGAUCAAGAUUCAUGAUCUGUGUGUCAGAUAUGAAAAUAACCUGAAACCUGUUCUUAAACAUGUCAAGGCUUACAUUAAACCCGGGCAAAAGGUGGGCAUAUGUGGCCGCACUGGCAGCGGAAAGUCAUCGUUAUCUCUGGCUUUCUUCAGAAUGGUCGACAUAUUUGAUGGGAAGAUUGUCAUUGAUGGGAUAGACAUUUCAAAACUACCACUGCACACGCUACGCUCUAGACUUUCAAUCAUUCUUCAGGAUCCGAUACUGUUCAGCGGUUCUAUUAGAUUUAAUUUAGAUCCAGAGUGCAAGUGCACAGAUGACAGACUCUGGGAGGCUCUAGAAAUUGCUCAGCUGAAGAACAUGGUCAAAUCUCUACCAGGAGGUCUAGAUGCAGUUGUCACUGAAGGGGGAGAGAAUUUUAGCGUUGGACAGAGACAGCUGUUUUGCCUUGCCAGGGCCUUUGUACGCAAGAGCAGCAUCCUCAUCAUGGACGAGGCGACAGCGUCCAUCGACAUGGCCACGGAAAAUAUUUUGCAGAAAGUGGUAAUGACAGCUUUUGCAGACCGCACCGUUGUUACAAUAGCUCAUCGGGUUCACACUAUUCUGACGGCAGACCUAGUUAUUGUGAUGAAGCGUGGAAACAUCUUAGAAUAUGACACUCCAGAAAGCCUCUUAGCUCGGGAGGAUGGAGUAUUUGCUUCUUUUGUUCGUGCAGACAUGUGACGAGAUGUCUUUAAAGAAUACCUAUUGAAAAUAAUGCAGUCAUUACCUACUUAAAGGAUCAUCACCUUGACCUUCAUAAAGGGUUAUCUUAAACUUUUACACAAUUUUGUUAAGUUUAUCUGUUAUGCUGUGGAAAUUUGUAAUUAACAAUGUCACUUUACAAAUGAAUAUUGUAUUUCCUAUGCUGACAUUUCUUCCUAGUUCUUGUUUUCCAGGAUAUUACUAUUUAAUAUAUUCAUUACUGAUGUUUUUCUAAUGAUUAAGCCACUUUACCUUUAAGAAUAGCAGGUUGUACUAAAACAUGUAAGCUGCUUUAAGUGGUAAAUCAACAGCUAUGUUUUCUCAUAAUUUUAAGUCUGGUAAAUAUCUCUCAGGCAUAGAACUUACAAUGAAUAUUCAGUAUUAUUAUGCUUCUUUUUGUAAAACUGUAUUUUCCUUUUGUUGGUAUCCCCAAAUAUUAUUGGAAGAAAAUAAAAGGACAGUUUUUCUAAUCAGUCAGAAAAAUCAAACACUCAAAUUCAUUACCUACUGUAUGAAAAUAUUUCCUAUAUUCAGUAACAUUGUAAUACUGAUGUUUCCUUUAGCAUCUCUCUUUUUUUUCAUCUAAAUUGUCUCCUGUCACCAAGGAGUAGUCACAUUUAUAGUAGUUCUGUAAAGCCAAAGCCUUAACCAGAAAGAUCAAAAGUUUGCAUAUCUGAAAGAAUUCUACUCAGGGUUCCACACUUCCCUGUCUAGUAAAGAGAGAGUUCUUAAGAUAUCAAGCAUAAUGUGCCUUUUCCAGACUGAUGCUCAAAGAGUAAUUAGGUUCAAUCCUUCAAUGGCAGGCCAACUAAAGCUUUCUAUGGUUUAAUUCAUCAUUAGAUGUAGUUAUGACCCUGAGCCCCCAAAUUCCACAUUAUACACACACAUCUAUGUGUACAUAUGUACAUAAAACAAGUGUCAUUUCUAGGUGAAAGAGUCUACUUCUUUAGACAUUUGUACCCAAUGGGGUCACAUACGUAUACAUUUGUUCCUGCUCUAAUUUUAAUGGACAUAAAAAAGUGGAUCAAAAACGUUGUUCUAAUUUAAUGUGCAUAUUAAGAGAGCAUCAGAUUUUGAUGGGGUAUUAAUGUUGUUUUGCUUAAAUGUAAGUAAGUUCAAAAUACUGAAAGUUACCAUCACUGUCAUGCUGGCAGCCAGAGCUCCUUACUACAAUUCUGGGCCCUCUAGUAUAAAUGUCACUGAUUUCAUAUGAGGAUCUGCAUGCAUUCUAUGAUUUUGAAGAAUUAUGAUUGAUGGAAAAAAUUGAUGUGCCCUCCCCACAUUUCCUGUGUUGUUUAUUGUGUUGAGUAUUCACUCUUGGAAAAUUUGGAUUACUUGUUUAACUAGAAAUAUGACUAGGCCUUCACCUGAAUAGAGUCCUGAUAUUUGCCUAAAAUAAAUUCCACAAGGAUGGAAAAAAUUACCCUAUGUUAUUUAACUUAAAUUGUCACCUCUUGCUAUAUAUAUAUAUAUAUAUAUAUAUAUAUACAAAACUUCAUUAGGAGAAAAAUCUAUCAUUUCCUGGAAGCUAAACAGAACAGAAUCAGUAACUAUUAAUUCGAUUUUGAAAAUUUUUUUUAAAUUCCACCAUCCUCCUCAAAAUAUUUCUGGCAUGCAAAUGUUUUUAUAAGGCUGAAUUUAUAUGAUGUCUGUUAAUCAAAUUAUAUCUCAUUCUUACCGAGAAAGGGAGAUUACCCAUAGAAAUAAUCCCUCAAAAUAUUUGUAAAUUUUACCACUCUGCAGGCAAUGUCAGCAGAAGAAUUUCUAAUUACCCUAAACUGAAAGUCAUGUUUUUCAUUCUUAUCACCAAGUGGCGGCUGGCUCCGCCAGAACUUUUAGUCACUUAAGUUGAGUAACUGUUUAUUGUUUACAAAAUUAAAUUGACUGAAUAAAGUCGGGGAUAAUUUUAAAUUGUUUAGUCAUUUAUUAUGUUUAUAUAACAUAUAUUGUAUCAUCUAUUGAAUAUAGAAAUGACUCACCUUGAAGUAAUGUUUUACUAAAUAGGUACAUAUCUAUAAAAGACCAACCUUAAACAAGUCAAAAUUUUUAUUCACAAAUUUUACAAACCAUAUCAAUUUUACUAACUUUAACUCUUGAAUAUGUUGAAAGUAAUAAAUGCAUAAAGUCUUAUGUAAAAAUUACAAGGUUACUGGUAUCAUUGAGAGGAAAAAAAUAUUUCUCUUAAUGGACAGUGCAUCCUCUACUUUAAAGUUACUACUCAACGAUCCCUUCAAAAGUCAACCUAGCUCAAAGUUAGAUACCAGAAGACCCUUCUAAGAACCCGAUACUUGAGAUUGGGGACCAUGUCUUACUUGUUUUUAUGCCCUUGGCAUGAAAUACAAUAGCCUGGCCCACAGUAGGUCCUAAUAGGUGUAGCUGACUGAUCCAUCAGUUUCAUAACUACCUUGGUACCUAGAACUGUGGAUUAUUCUCUUCACUUUCUGUGUUGCAGUUGUUCUACUGUGAAAACAUAUUUGCUUGCUAUUAUACAAUAAAUUACUCUUCUUGUUUGCUUGA